GGAAAAAAAAAAAUGUAGCGAAGGUCCCAACAUUCAUAUAAUUUCAAGGCUAUGCAUGGUAUAAACAGGAAAAGAUAACCGUUGGUGCGUGCCUGGGAGCGACCGUGACGCGUGGGAUAAGGUGAAGUGCGAAGGUGAACAUGAAGGAGAAGCUAUCGGCGGUCGCGGAGACAUUCUCGCCGUCGCCGAUUCAGCAGCUGUCUCACCUCGCUCAGCGCUGCAACGCCAUCAACCUCGCCGAGGGCUUCCCCGACUUCCCCGCGCCUCCCCUCCUCAAGAGUGCCGCUGUCUCCGCCAUCAACUCCGACUUCAACCAGUACAGGCACGUGCAAGGUAUUUGCGACCGUCUGGCCAGGAUAGUGAAGGAUACGCACGGUCUUGAAGUCGACCCACUCACUGAUAUCGCCAUUUGCUGCGGUCAAACCGAGGCUUUUGCUGCUGCCUUCUUUUCCGUAAUCGACCCAGGUGAUGAAGUUAUACUGUUUGAUCCUUCCUAUGAGACAAACGAUGCUCGCAUCUCCAUGGCUGGGGGAGUGCCAGUUUUUUUGGGCCUUGACCCGCCUCAUUGGACUUUGGACAAUGAAAAAUUCUUGAGGUCCUUCACCAGCAGAACUAAAGCUGUGGUAUUAAACAGUCCCCAUAAUCCAACUGGAAAAGUCUUCAGCAAGGAUGAGCUUGAAGUAAUUGCUACAGCUUGCUGCACAAAUGAUUGCCUGGUUGUCAUAGACGAAGCUGGAGGAUUGGAUGGGCAAUUGCCUCCCCUGCCAUCGCAUCGGCCAUAAAGAACAUACAUAUCAGAAUCACAGAUUCAGCUCCAGCACCUUUCCGGGGGGCUGCAUUGACCGCUCUUGAAAGUCAGCCACAAUAUUUUGAAUCACUGAGACAAGUAGAUAGAAAUGCUUCUCUCUUGCUUUUAGUAUACUCUGAGACCUUAAUCAGUUUAAAGCAUGUAUGAGGAUUUGAACUAAGCAAUAACUGAC